UUUAUGUUAACGUUAUCAUUAUUAUAUAUUUGCCUGUUAAAUGUACUAGAGCAAUUAUUUCGAUAAUAAAUCCCUAAUAAAUCUUGUAUCGGUUAGUUAUGACUGGCGAUCCUAAGCUUCGGCUCACGUGCACUCCGCACCUCGCCAAACGAUUUCAAUCAGAGUAAUCAAUGCGAGAAAUCUGAGAAUGGAGUGGAAGCGCCAGGUGGAGCAGAGAAGCAGAAGUGCUGUUCAGAAUUUCAAGUUCAGGUCAAUUUAAUCAGUAAAUAGGCUAUUGUAGUUUGUCUUUGUUUACUUAGUUAAGCAGUAGCAGACCAUUACUCAUCACUCAAAAUACUGUAUAGUAAAGGACAUUAUUAUUAUCUAUUGUAAAGUUACAAUAGUAAUUUAGCAGACAAAUAAUGAUAUCAUUUUACAAUAGGUUUAGAGGGAGUGAGUGCAGAAAACCACACAACCCUUAAAAUUAAUGAUGGUUUUACUAUAAAUCCAAAGGCAAUAGUUCACUUACAUAGGUUCACUUCAAUGCUGCAACAGCGGUCGCUAUGGAAGCACCUUGGGUGUGACGUAUGUCUGAAGCCCUUAUACCAUCACGCCAAUUCAUUGGCCAAUAGCACUUUAUCACCGCCCCGCACAUACGAUAUGUGUGCUAUAUCAGCGUGCUGCACGCUAUUUCAUCAGAUUUAAAUUCCUUCAGGAAGCGGAUUAUCUGUUGCCCAUAGGAAAACAUUCUUUCGUCGUUUUCUCAGAUAUUUUCUUUCAAAAAAGAGCAGUUUACUCCUCUUCAGCGGACACGAUGAGCUACAGGAGAUGCAUCGAGCUGUGUAAAAGAUUAAUCACAGGAGAAGACACUCAUGACAGACCCAUAAUUCUUCAGUACAAGACCUUCACCACCCCUAUGGAUACCUCCUCUGAACAUGUUGCCAUGGAGCUGGACUUCGGCCAUUUUGAUGAGCGGGACAAGGCAUCUCGUACGCCACGAGGUGGACGUGCCAAUGGUCUUCCCAGUCCCACCCACAGCGCUCACUGCAGUUUUUACCAUACACGCACCCUCCAGGCUCUGACCAGCGAGAAAAAGGCUAAGAAGGUGCGAUUCUAUCGCAAUGGCGACCGCUAUUUCAAGGGCAUCGUGUAUGCAGUGGCCAAUGACCGUUUCCGCACAUUUGACGCUCUACUGGCUGACUUAACCCGCUCUCUGUCUGACCAUAUCAAUCUGCCACAAGGGGUCAGAUACAUUUUUACCAUCGACGGAUCAAGGAAGAUUAGCAGUCUGGAUGAGGUAGAGGAAGGUGAGAGCUAUGUUUGCGCAUCUGAGAACUACUACAAGAAAGUAGACUACACCAGAAAUGUGAAUCCCAACUGGUCAGUGAAUGUGAAAGCAUCAGCCAGCCAGAAGAACAUGCUGGCUAACCGCACAGCUAAUGAGCCGAGGGAGAGCAAGGACUUUGUGCGACCGAAGUUGGUGACAGUGAUGAGGAGCGGAGUGAAGCCACGGAAGGCCGUCCGUGUGCUGCUCAAUAAGAAGACGGCACACUCUUUUGAGCAGGUGCUCACCGACAUCACAGAGGCCAUUAAACUCGAAAGCGGAGCAGUGAAAAGGAUCUAUACGCUGGAUGGCAAACAGGUGACUUGUUUGCAAGAUUUCUUUGGUGAUGACGACGUUUUCAUUGCCUGUGGACCAGAAAAAUUUCGCUAUGCACAGGAUGACUUCUCCCUGGAUGAAAAUGAGUGUCGAGUGAUGAAGACCCCCAAAGGACAGAGGGGCUCUACUAAGAGUCCCGGUCCCGUCCGACGCUGCAAGUCUCCAGCUGAUUAUACUAACGGAACAGGCUCCAGUAGUCAGCUCUCUACUCCCAUCUCUAAGCAGUCUCCCAUCUCGAACCCGACUAGCCCCGGCAACACUCGCAAACAGAAGGAUUUAUACUUGCCUUUGUCUCUGGAAGAUGAUGAUUCACAGGGGGAGUCCAUGUAGACUUUCGUUUUCUGUAUGUCAAUCAACAUGCCAGUCACAGAGAUAUCUCUGGUGCUAUCUGUCUUGAAAACAUCAACAUCACCGCCCUAGUGACCAGGGUGAAUGCACACAUCACCUCUGCUGCCCCUUGGCCAUCAGCCUUUAGACCAUAAGGCUUUGCAGCAAUGGUCAGUAAACUAUUUGCUGCUUGAGAAUUUGGUACAUUAAUUUUCUGCGUUUUGAUAAUAGAUUUGUAGUGACUGAUAAAAAUUUGUAUAUGCAGGGCAUAUAUUGCAGUUUGUAUCAUAAUAACAAACACCUAAAUUUGCACACAUGGUCUGCUGUUGAAAUUAAUUUUAUAUAUAUGAAAAAUUUGAGAAACUUUAAUGUUAACACACAGCAGGUCAGUUUAGCUCUAAACAUCCAACCUUCAUUUUUUUAGACCGAUAGUUUUUACUUUUUCAUAUUACCUUUUUUAAAAGCUUGGUCUUAUGAUUUCCAAGCAGCAAAUAGUAAUUUUUACAAUGGUGUGAUAGUCUGACUUGUACAAAAAUGAAAAGAAAAGAAGAAAUGUUGCACCAUUAACAAUUUGUAUUAUUCUCUUUUUGUAACACUCUCUCUUUCCCACUCGCUCUCUCUGUGCAAUGGUUUAGUGUGUUUUAAAGCCAUUAAAGGGAUAGUACACCCAAAAAUGAAAAUUUGACAUUUAUCUGCUUACCCCCGUGGCAACCAAGAUGUAGGUGACUUUGUUUCUUUAGUACAAUACAAAUUAUGAUUUUUAGCUCCAGCC